AUGUCAUCAUUUACAAAUAGAGAUGGAUUCAAUAAUGAAUUUAAUAAUAAUGAAUUUAAUAAUAAUGAAUUUAAUAAUAAUGAAUUUAAUAAUAAUGAAUUUAAUAAUAAUGAAUUCAAUGAUAAUGAAUUCAAUGACAAUGAAUUUAACAAUGAACAAGACUUUU